UAGAGUGGAAGCUGCAGCCAACCAAAGCAGAGAGGAGAUGAGGGUGGUUCUUUGCAACUCCGCAUCUCCACUCACACCCAUUCCCAAGCCCCCGACCUUCCCCGCCACUCUCAAUUGGCCUCACAAAACCCUAGUUGGUGCCUUAACUGGCGCUGUCUCCUUCUCGCUCCUCAUUUCUUCACCUUCUUCCAUUGCCCUGGACUCCGCUUCCGUCCCACCAUCGCCUUCUUCUCAUUCUUCUGCCACUGACUAUUGUCGCCAAGACGAUGAUACAGAAGCGAUGCCUGAAACUGCGCCGGAGCUCGUUACCAACGAAGCCAUUGUGGAGGAAGCUUGGAACAUCGUCAACGACAGUUUUCUUGACUCCUCUCGUCGUCGAUGGUCCUCCGAUAUUUGGAAGCAAAAGAAAGAAGAUAUUCUAGGUACUUCCAUUCAAACAAGAUCAAAGGCUCAUGAUAUAAUCCGACGUAUGUUAGCUAGUUUGGGUGACCCUUACACGCGUUUUCUUUCUCCUGCCGAGUUCUCCAAGAUGGCGAGGUAUGACAUGACUGGUAUUGGAAUAAAUAUUAGGGAAGUUCAAGAUGACAAUGGAGGUGUGAAACUGAAGGUGUUAGGGCUCAUACUUGAUGGCCCUGCCCAUGCUGCUGGUGUGAGACAGGGGGAUGAAAUCUUGUCUGUUAAUGGAAUGGAUGUCACAGGGAAAUCAGCAUUUGAAGCAUCAUCUUUGUUACAAGGCCCAAAUGAAACAUUUGUCACUCUUGAGGUCAAGCAUGGCAACUGUGGACCAGUUCAAUCAAUUGAAGUCCAGAGGCAACUGGUUGCUCGAACCCCAGUCUUUUAUAGGUUGGAAAAAAUAGAGAAUGGUGCAGCUUCUGUUGGGUAUAUGCGCCUGAAAGAGUUCAAUGCAUUGGCUAGAAAGGAUUUGGUCAUUGCAAUGAAGCGGCUUCAAGACAUGGGUGCCAAAUAUUUCAUUUUGGACCUUAGAGAUAAUCUUGGUGGACUUGUACAGGCUGGCAUUGAAAUUGCUAAACUCUUUCUAAAUGAAGGGGAGACGGUAACUUAUACUGUUGGAAGAGAUCCCCAGUAUGAAAAAACUAUUACUGCAGAAACUGCACCUUUGAUUACAGCUCCUCUCAUUGUUUUGGUGAACAACAAAACUGCUAGUGCAAGUGAAAUUGUUUCCGCUGCCCUUCAUGAUAACUGUAGAGCUGUUCUUGUGGGGCAAAGGACUUUUGGCAAGGGUCUGAUACAAUCUGUAUUUGAACUUCAUGAUGGAUCUGGUGUGGUUGUCACAAUUGGGAAGUAUGUCACCCCAAAUCACAUGGACAUAAACAAAAAUGGAAUAGAGCCUGAUUUUCGAGAAUUUCCAGCUUGGAGUGAAGUCACACAACAUCUUGCACAGUGCAAUACACUACGACAAGGAUAAUGCACAGCUUUUAUGCUUUUAUUAAAAAUUCAUGCCUUGACUGCAUUUAUGAUUCAAUCAGCAUGUCACAUGGUUGAGUGCUUGUUCCCCUGUGUACAAGUGGAUUGACCUGAAGCAUACACCUGCAUUCUAAUCAUAAUAUUCACCUGCGAAACACCCAAAGGCUUUGAUGAAGUCUGGAGUUUUAAAGCCAGGCAUACACCAAGUCAAGAUUGAAGCAGCAAGAUCCAUGGAGGAAACCAGCCCGGAGGAAAUGAAUGUAAAAGACCAUGUAGAACAUGUAUCUAAGAAAACCACAAGAGGAAUUUGGCUUUCUUCAUUGUAUAUUCCUUUUGCAGCAUAGAACCAUUGCUUUCAUUUACUUGCAUGUAGACUGAAUUAUUUUCCAUUGGCAAGAAGUGCAUGUUAAAUGAGAAAGGAAAAUAACUGUAUGUUGAAGGCA